GGAGAAAAAGAGGUGCAAAGUCGACCACAGUAUUAGCAAAAACCAUAGGAUCCUCGAAACCACGAGCUACAAAACACAAAAUAAAGUAAAGUAAUAAUGGCAUUUGAGUUAUUUACCGGGAACCGCAGGGGUAAUCCAACAAGUGGAACUGUUUAAACUAAACACUCAAAACUGGCAACAGUGUUUCCACAUUUGUCGGCUUAUGCCACCCUAUAAAUAUAACAACUGCUGUCACUGUGUGAGUGUGUGUACUUUUUUUUUUCAUCACCCACCGCUCCAUUUCUCUUUGAAUUUCACCUUAAAGCUUCUUCAUUGUUAAUUUAAAGAUUUUGGGUUUCCUUCCAUUUUCUCUCCAAACGUUUUUCAUUGUUUGUUUGGUAGAGGGAAUCCAAGUUAGAAGAGAAUACAAAUCUUCCUUGAUUUCUGGGGGAAGAAAAAAGAGAGUACUUUUUCUACUCUGUUUAUAACAUAGGAAUUGUCGAAAGCUCUGAAAAAUGGCUUUGAAACUCAAUGUUUUGAGCUUCCCAGCCGCCAAACAUUCUGCAUUUCCCAAUGGGUCUCAGCACCGUGGAUCUCACAGAGUCUUCAUGGCUUCUACUCUUCAUCCCCCCUCAGUGGAGGUUGGAAAUGCAAAGAAGCCAUUUACUCCACCUAAGGAAGUACAUUUACAAGUGACACAUUCAAUGCCGCCAGAAAAGCGCGAGAUAUUUGAUUCUCUUAAUGGUUGGGCCGAAAGUAAUAUUCUGGUGCACCUAAAGGAUGUUGAGAAGUCAUGGCAGCCUAGCGAUUUUCUGCCAGACCCUGCAUCUGAUGGAUUCGAGGAACAGGUCAAGGAUCUCAGGGAAAGAUGCAAGGAAAUUCCCGAUGACUAUUUUGUUGUGUUAGUUGGAGAUAUGAUCACGGAAGAAGCUCUUCCCACUUACCAGACCAUGAUUAACACUCUUGAUGGAGUGCGAGAUGAGACAGGUGCUAGUCUCACUUCCUGGGCCAUCUGGACCAGGGCAUGGACUGCUGAAGAGAAUAGGCAUGGUGACCUUCUCAACAAGUACCUUUAUCUUUCUGGAAGAGUGGACAUGAAACAAAUUGAGAAAACAACUCAGUACCUGAUUGGCUCUGGAAUGACUGAAGGGGCAGUUAUCUUGUUUGAAACAUCCCUUAUAAGCUUUCAUAUCCUACUUCACUAUUCUUCCUCUCCAGAAGUUGUAGCAGAUGGCAAUUUGGCAUCUAAAAUGACUCAAAGAGACAAAGUGGCGAUCCUCGUACCGAAAAUAAUCCUUAUCUUGGUUUCAUCUACACCUCAUUUCAAGAGAGGGCAACCUUCAUUUCACAUGGUAACACUGCCAGGCUUGCAAAGGAACACGGGGACAUGAAGCUGGCACAAAUAUGUGGGACGAUUGCUGCAGAUGAGAAGCGCCAUGAAACCGCAUAUAGCAAGAUCAUUGAGAAGCUAUUUGAGAUCGAUCCCGAUGGCACAGUCCUAGCUCUUGCUGAUAUGAUGAGAAAGAAAAUCUCAAUGCCUGCUCACCUGAUGUACGAUGGCAGGGACGAAAAUCUCUUUGAACAUUUCUCUGCUGUUGCACAGAGGCUUGGAGUCUACACUGCCAGGGACUAUGCAGAUAUAUUGGAAUUUCUCGUGGGAAGAUGGAAUGUGGAGAAAUUGACUGGCCUUUCAGGUGAGGGGCGUAAAGCACAAGACUAUGUUUGUGGAUUGCCUGCAAGGUUCAGAAAGUUGGAGGAGAGAGCUGCAGCUAAGGCGAAGCAGGCAUCAUCUGUUCCAUUUAGCUGGAUUUUCAAUAGAGAGGUUAUGCUCUAAAUGCAUAAAAAAGGAAGUGGCUAAGCAAGGAGGGUAACCAUUUUCGGGUUGGGAGUAUAAUACCUAAGUAGUUCAGGAUUGCAGUUAGACGUUUUCUGAGUUUUAAAUAAUCUUUUUUUUUUUUUUUUGUUGUCAAAAGACGCUUUGAUAGCUAAAAAGAGUUGUCAGGAUCUUUGUACAUACUUUUGUUUCGGUUACUUGGCUGUUUCGUAUCGUGUUUUCUUGAAAAAGGAGUUUUUCUUUAUCUAAUUAUUUCUUUGAACACCAAUUUCUUAAGUCCUUCAGGAUUUCAAACACCUGUAUUUUCCAAGAAAUCCAAUAUCAUUCUGGUGAUUUUG